UCUUCAUGAUCUCAGAUUUGGCGAGGCACCACACAGAGCUGAAAGCAGGGCAGAGAUAAUCGAGCGCGAAUCGUUUUCCUUCGGGAGCCCUUGAUUUGCGGCCCUACGAUUUGAUCUGGGAUUGUAACGGAAGACCGAGAGGUAACAACGGUUCAUCUCGAUUUCCGCUGUUGCUACAUAUCGGUGGCGGAGAUAGAUAAUCUUUAAUUUUUUUCUCCUUUGUUUUUUAGAGUGAGACUGAAGAUUGUUUUGUUGGCUAGGAUCGAUCCAUAAGAGUUGACUUAAUUCUUUUGGUUCGGCUUGGGAGUUCUGGGCAGAUUUGAAUUUGUAGUGGUGCUUUGCAAAAUUAAUUUUGAUGAAGCAUCCUGCUUCUAGUGAGAUGGAGUGUUAAUUGGUUGUUAUAGCUCGAUUUAAUAGGAAUUCGGAUUAGUUUUCUCGAGUGGACGAUUAGUUUUGUUCUUGGUAUGCUUGUAUCGAUUUAUUUUCUACAAUGCUGUUACGGGAAAGUUGGUCUUGGUAGGCUUGGAGAAGAAAGUGAGGAACUUUAUAUCUUUUAGUAACAUUCAUACUAUAUUUGAAUUUUGUCCGAGGAAGCUUUGGAAUUCUAGCGGAGGUGGGUGCAUGUACAAUGUUAGAAGAGAUUUCAAGGAUGAUUUGGAUUUAUAGGAGUGCUUUGUAAUUGUAUUUUGAAGUAUAGAUAGAUUCUGAGAUUUAUUGGAAUCAAUAAAUUGGUCCGCAUCGGGACUUUGGUGGAAGUUUGUUAAGUUAGAUCUUUAUUUGGCGGUGAUUCGGGAGUUGAUUCUGUUCUGUGUAGAAAAGGAUUGAAAUUUUGAAUGAGAGAGGAUUCUGGAAGAGAAGGGAAAUGAAAGAUAAACCUGUGGCUUGGGAGGGACAAUGACUGGAGGGUCAUUGGGUCUACGUACAGGGAGUUAUGGAUCAUUGCAACAACAACUUCAGAACAGUGUUGUGCUGUCGGUUCAGACUACACCCAUCCUUGUUCGCAAGCCCCCGAAGAUGCUCCUGUCUGGGUCAAGAGAGAAGGAAAAGUUUCUUCAUCGGAUCUGCAAAUUUGCUGGCAGAAGGAGGGUUGGAAUGCUGCUUCUGGUGGUCAUUUCUGGUGUGGUUUUUAUGUCUGUUUUAUCUGUGGUCAGCAAAGAUGAAGACACUACAGAAGGUGUAUCUCACCAUACUCGAAUGUCGCAAAACAUUAAACAAAACGAUAGCAUGGCAAUAAAAUAUCCCAGACCUUCCUUGGUUCAUGGAGAACAAGAGAGCAAGAAGGACAAGAACUCCAUUUUACAAAAUGCCAUUUCAAUAAGUGGCCAAAAUAAAAUGCAGCCACCACCACCACCACCACCACCACCACCACCACCUCCUUUGAUAGUUGGAGGGACUGCUCUUCCCCCAGGUCAUCCAUGUGAAAAGUUCACUCUUCCACCUCCGCCAGCUGAUAAAAAACGGACUGGACCAAGACCAUGUCCAGUAUGUUACCUUCCGGUUGAGCAAGCAAUAGUCUUUAUGCCGAAAUCUCCAUCCACAUCUCCUGUACUUAGAAAUUUAAGUUAUGUAUAUGAAGAAAAUCCAAUUAGAACUGAGCCAUUUGGAGGCUCCGAAUUUGGUGGAUAUCCUUCUCUGAAGCAGAGGAAUGAUUCUUUCAAUAUAAAAGAAUCAAUGGUUGUGCACUGUGGAUUUAUUCGAGGAAAGAAACCUGGUCGUGGGACUGGCUUUGACAUUGAUGAUGUUGACUUUUUUGAGAUGGAGCAGUGUCAGGGGAUAGUUGUUGCAUCAGCCAUCUUUGGAAACUAUGAUAUCCUACAGCAGCCGAAAAGUAUCAGUGAUGCUGCAAAGAAAAACAUUUGUUUUUAUAUGUUUGUUGAUGAAGGGACAGAAGCAUACAUGAGAAAUUCAAGUGUGUUAGAUAGCAGCAACAAGGUUGGAUUAUGGAGGAUUGUUGUUGUCCAUAACCUUCCUUACAUUGAUGCAAGACGCAAUGGGAAAGUUCCAAAGCUUCUACUGCACAGGAUUUUCCCCAAUGCCCGCUAUUCUAUAUGGAUUGAUGGGAAACUUGAGCUUGUAGUGGAUCCAUAUCAAAUUCUUGAGAGAUUCUUGUGGCGGAAGAAAGCUAGUUUUGCAAUCUCCAGGCACUACAGACGCUUUGAUGUGUUUCAGGAAGCUGAGGCUAAUAAAGCUGCUGGAAAAUAUGACAAUGCUUCCAUUGAUUACCAGGUUGAGUUUUAUAAGAGGGAAGGUUUGACCCCCUAUUCUGAGGCUAAGCUUCCGAUUACAAGUGAUGUUCCUGAAGGAUGUGUUAUCAUAAGGGAACAUAUUCCUAUUACCAACCUCUUUACCUGUUUGUGGUUCAAUGAGGUGGACCGUUUUACAUCAAGGGACCAGAUAAGCUUUUCCACUGUAAGGGACAAGAUAAUGUCAAAAGUGAAGUGGAGUAUCAACAUGUUUUUGGACUGUGAAAGGCGAAACUUUGUUGUUCAGGGAUACCAUAGAGAUAUAUUAGAACAUAUGGCACCUCCAGCUGCCAUUGUUGUUCAUUCUCCACCAGCAUUCACUAAUGAAGCCUUGGAAAAAUCAUCACAUGAGAUUGUUAUUGAUAGGUCUAUUAGUCCUCCAGUGAGGAAGAUCCCCACAAAGCGUGGGAAAGAACGAAGACCCAGUUCAAGACGUCACCGCUCCAAAGGUGCCACAGUUGUUAGGGACAACAAUUCAAUUUAACUUUUUAGUCAAUAUAUUUUUUCCCUUCCCUGUUUCAAAAUUAUUUAUUACAGGGUCGGAGGAUUUGAGGAAUGAGUUUGUAGUAGGCAAGGCCAGGUUUUAAAGAGAACAAAAGUGAUAAUUUUUGUCCGGAAUUGUCAAUAUUUUUUUUUGUCGUUGUACAUAUACUUAAAUUGCAAUAAAUAUCAUGAAUUGUUGCUGUUUACUCA